CAGCCCUCUUCCAUUCCAAGAUAAAACCGAACAAGCCAAAAAGAAGGAGACAACACAACGAAGUCUGACCAUUUCUUCCCCCAUUAUCCUUGGACCAAGGACAGAAUCCGACCAUGGCAGACACAGCGCCAGAGUCUCACACCGACGACUCCACCUCGGACGCGGCGGGCGACUUCGAGUUCUGCAUCCUGUCGUCCGGUGGCCUCGUCCCGGCGGGUGCGGGCGCGGAGACGGACAUGUGCGUGGCCGACGAGCUCUUCUCCCAGGGAAAGCUGCUCCCGCUCCACCCCUCCUCGUCCGCGGCCAAGGCCGCCGAUGCACCUGGCCCUGUCCUUCUGCCGCGGUCGGAGUCGGCGGCGUCCACCGUAGGCCUCGUAUCGCUGUCCGACAGCCGCAGCGCGAGCUCCAGCGGAAGCAGCAGCGGGUGCGUCAGCCGCAGCCAGUCAUCCAAGAGCGCCUCCUCCGACCACGGCGCCCCCGCGCCGCCGCGGCGGUCGCUGUCGAGCAGCCUUUUCUACGCGCACCCGAGCCCGUCGCCGCAGCUGCGCUCGGCUCGGCCGCGCCGCAGCACCGGGUCCGCGCCGCCGCCCGCCGCGUGGAGCAUCCUCUGCCUCGGCGUCGUCGGCGCACCGGACAUGUACCCGCCGCCGCGCCCUGCGGAGACCAAGAAUGCCUCCGUGGCGAGAGGCGGGGGUGGUAGCCGGAGCGCGAGAUUCGAGCGGGUGAGCGUCGCUAUGGACAAGAAGCUCGGGUUAAGGGGGCUGUUCGGGGACAGCCUCGGGUGCAAGUGCUCGCCCGACGCCAUCGAGCCCGUGCGGUUGCCGGAGGCGGCGAAGGAGAGCAGGAAGAAGGACGCCGCGAAGAGCGGUCAGAGCGUUCGUCGUAGUAGGAUCCUGGACUGGCUUCAAGAGCUGUCCAUUGCCAAGGAGAAGAAGUAAUGCUGCGUGAUCGCGUCUUUCUCCGAUCCUAUGAGUUGUGUAUGAUCAAGGGAACAUUUUUUUCUUUUUACAUUUUCCUCAUCUGACUAGCAAUCAAUGCGUCAAUGCUAUGCAAAAGAGUUGACGAGCAAUGCUCAAUUGCUCAUGACUUUCGUUUGCACAGAUUAUAGAGUAUGAACUUCAUCAUCGCUUAUCUUUC